UCACCUUUGAUAGCAUUCUCACAGGGACCAGCCUAAGACACCCUCGAAACUAGAGCCAUCCAUCUGGUACUUUUGUUUUUCAAUCUGCAAAAUGAGUUACCACCGACGAAUGAAGGAGACCUUAGCUCUUUGUCAUCCUGAGUCCCAAUGACCAUAUUCAGGAAGACAGCCAUUCAGAAGGUGAAGCCAAAUCUGAAGAAAACUAGCUUGCCGCUCUUCGACUUGCUGUAGGACCUCAGCUCCUGCCCAGCAGAAGGACGCCGGGGGAAAACUAGUAAAGACAUUCAUAGUUCUGCUCUGGUCACAGCAAGCUAUGACGAGGAUUUCUACAUGCAUAUACCACUUCCUUGUUUUGAACUGGUAUGUUUUCCUCAAUUAUUACAUCUCACAACAAGAAAAGGAUAAGCAGAAAUCCAAAUUAUUUCAAAAUGGUGGACAAUGGAAGUACUUGACAAUGCUUAAUCUGUUCUUGCAGGCCAUUUUCUACGGAGUUGCCUGCCUGGAAGAUAUGCUGAAAAGAAUGAAAGGGAAAAAGGACAUUAAGUUCAUAACUGCCUUCAGAGACCUGCUUUUCACCACACUGGCCUUUCCUGUAUCCACAUUUGUAUUUUUGUCAUUCUGGAUCCUCUUUCUCUAUGAUCGAGAACUUGUUUUCCCUAAGCAACUAGAUGAUAUUGUUCCAGUGUGGAUGAAUCAUGCAAUGCACACAUCCAUAUUUCCCUUCUCACUGGUUGAAAUCAUCCUCAGGCCACACUGCUAUCCAAUGAAGAAGAAAGGACUCACCUUGUUGGCUGCUGCUAGCCUUGUUUACAUUAGCAGGGUCCUAUGGAUCUACUUAAAGACUGGUACGUGGGUAUAUCCAGUGUUUGCCAAACUCAGCGCAGUGGGUCUAGCAGCCUUCUUCUCUUUCAGCUACAUCUUUAGUGCCAGCAUCUACCUAUUUGGAGAGAAGCUCAACCACUGGAAAUGGGGUGACUUGGAGCAGUCAAGGAAGAAGAAGAAGUGAUUAUAUGCUGUUUUGCAAGAACUAAAAGGGAAGAAAACAUGAAUGUUUUCUUGAUCUUUUUUUUUAUUUGGUGGGGGGAGGUGGUAGGGAGACAUAAGAAAGCAGAGAGGACAGUAAACAAUAUUUAAAUUUAAUAAGAGGGUUAUGAAGGUAGAUUAAUUUGAGGACUCCUGAAUUUUGAAAGGCUCACUGGACAUGCCAAAAAUAACUCCUGCUGUUUCAGAAUUCGUUACCUUCAUCUGACCUCUGUGGAGGACGGUCUGUGGUCAAAAUCUGGACAUAGGCCAGAGAAGCUCAUAAUUCAGUGUUAGAGAAUGUUUAGACAGAGAAAAGAGUUUAGUUUGAUCAUUCAAACUCUUUACAAAGGCAGUUGUUGCGGACCUAGAUGAGACGUUACCUGCAUGAGGCCAAAGACUUAGUAUGAGAACUGAGACGAGAGCUUUUGUCUCCUAGAUAUGUUAAUUCCCAGUCUUGUGCCAUUUUUUAAUAAUCCCAACUUUCCUAAAAAUAAGCAUUUUCAUAAGCUAGCUAUUUUCAUGGACUGCUCAUCUGUUGUUUUUCCCCCUCAAUCUGGAUAGAAGUGUAGGGAGAUGGCAGCUACUAAAGUUGUCUACCUGGUAUAGCAUAACAGCAAAUUAUUUAGGGCAAUGAGAAAAUAAGUUAUAAAAAUAUUAGGAAAUCUUUCCCCUUUGUGGGCAAGCACUCUGGGAAGGUAUAAACACUGAACCUGGUGGCACUGUCAAAAUCUCUUCUAUUCAAGUAUUGAUUAACUUGUCAAAUAAGUGUAUAUUUCACUUGGGGAACAGUCUAACUGGGAAGUAAUAUAGUUAUGAGGAGUGCAGAGAGUGCUUUGAAGCAAAUCACUUUGCUGAGUUAAUUUAUGAUUUAACAAAGCUGACUGUCAGUAAGCACAUUAAUAAACCCUGGUUUGACUUUUCUAGUGGAAUUUCCUAGGUCUUACAGGCAUGUUUGGUUAAGAACACAAAGGAUAAAUGUCUAGUGACGGAUAGAGAUAGUCAAAUCUAAUAGUGUGUUAUAAGGUCCAGGGGGAUUGGGUUGUGGGCACCAGGGUAAAUUGUACUUGGGCUUCACAACCAAACAUAGUACAGAAGAAAUUUGGUGAAAAUGCAUAAAAUCUGCUAAAAUUGUGCCUGGGACCAAAUAAAACAUUGACUGCUACAUAAUUGACCAUUGUGCAAUAUAUAUUCCAGCACUAGAAAUUCCUCAAAAAUAUCAAGAGUGGUCUUGCAGGGUUAGGGAAGAGAACAGGUCAUACCUGUAGGGCAGGCAGUGUAAGGCAAGACUAGGAUAGGCACCAAGAAACCUGCUUGGCCCCUACUCCUCUACACUCAUGUAAAUAUGAGCCUCAAGUAUUUCCAGAUUGAGCUGGAGACACCUCCGCUUUUCCUAUACCUGCUGCUUCUUGGCUGCUCAGAGCACCUGGUCUCAACAGAAGCAGUAGUCACAGUGGAAAUUCCCCCAAUAUGAAGCCCACCAGGAUCACCCAAACAUUCCACAUCCCACAGGUGAAUGUGGCUGCAUGCUUCUCAGAGUCAUAGUAAGCUCUUGGCUGGGAUGAACAUGCAGAUUUAUAUUUGUGGCUUUACUGUCCUCAGGGCCAACUUAAACCUUGACUGCUGCCCAACUGGCCAUUGUGCAUUAUGUAUCCCAACACCAGAAAUACCACAGAACCAUUUCCCAUUGAGCACAAUGCACCUUGGUACUGCUGUAACUUUAGAAAAGAGAAGCAACAAAAUACCUAUAAAUAAUAUUGAUUAAACAUUCAUUAAAAUGUCUGAAGUGCCUACAUAAGGCUGCAUUAGGUUAUUAGUGCUUAAAAAACAAUACAUUAGGCUACUAGUGCUUAGAGAACAAUACAAAAGAUAACUAGCCAUUAUGUUUGUAUAGUGUCAUAUGAUUUACAACCAUAGCUACCACCAUGAUCUUAUUUUAUCCCCACAGAAAUAUUAUAAG